AGAGAGAGAGAGAGAGAGAGAGAUGCAGAGUUAUGCUGAGUGCAUGAGGGCAACUGGAAAACAAGUGAAUUGAGCAAAUUCAAAGGCAGAGUAUUGUAUACUGAGCUUACGUGGACUGAGAAACACCGGGAAGUGAGCUGAAGUAAAGUCGGAGCAGUGACAGCACUUUGGUGAAUUAAGGUGAUCUUGGCACACAUACGGUAUAUUAUCUUAUAAUAUACUCAUUUUACAUCACCUGGCUGAUUAAGUGAAUUGCAUAAGCAUGGACGUGGACCUGGAGGGGAUUAUCCAGUGCAUCAAGCAGGGAGAUGAGAACGGUGUUCAGAUACGGCUACAGGAGUUCAACAAAGAGUAUGCCCAGUGCUUCUUCUUUGAUGCAGAGGAGAGGGACAGAAGGAAACAAAGAAAACUAGAAGAGUUCAGGAAGAAUAAAGUGAGGGAAUAUACUAAUUCUGACUCCGAUUGUGAUGAGUACGACCAGGAGGAUCGAGGCCUCAUCCUCAGACAGAACUUAACUGUUGUCCUGGUGAGGUUCAUAAGAACAGGAGUUAAAUGCCAUCUGUUAAGAGUAUCUCUACGCACCCUGAGAAUCCUCUCCAGAGACAAAAAGGUCCUGGGCCCCUUGGUGACUGACAGCGCUCUCCUGACGCUGGCCAAACUAGCCGGGCUGAGCACAACUGAAGCAAGUGACGACUCCAGCGACCCCGACUCUGAUUUCUACGAUAACAUCAUCGCUUCUCUCGCUGAGGCCAAAGUGUUGCAUUGUCGCACUGACCAGGACGAGGGUGAAGCCAAUGACCAAAACAAAGAGUGCUCCGAUGAGGACGCCAAGAGUGACAUCAGCAUCGCCAACAGCGGAGAUCUGGACAGCAUUAGCGGGUUUGGCAGCCACAGGCCCAGCAUCAACGAAAUGCACAGUAGCGGCAUCCAUCACAAGGUGCUGGAGAGAGGGAGGAAGGACCGCAGAGAGAGCAAGAUGGAGGGGGAGGAAGAAGAAGACGGGGUGGUGUCAGGAGAGGAGGCGCAGAGAAAAGAGGCCAUGAAGGUGUUGUGUAAUGUGGUGUACAACAGCACCUGGGCGCAGGAGAGGUUCAGUGCUCUCAGACUCAUGUGUGGCCUCAGAGAGCGUCUAUCCUCUGGUGUCAGUGGCUCAGCUCCCUCCAGUGUUCACUUCUAUGAACUACGCCUCAUGUUCCUCAUUACUGCGCUACGGCGAGAGCUCAGCACUCAGCUUCAACAGGAGGGAGGUGUGUCCAUCUUCACAGCAGCUCUGGAGAGCUGCCUGGAGGUUGAGUGGAAGGAGCAGUACGAGUGUGUGCUAGACCCAGCAGCACCAGCCAUCUCACUGGAAGCCUCUCAGCGUAUCAUAGAGAUCCUCAAAAUCCUCUUCAACAUCACCUACAGCACCCACAGGCAGGAGCCAAGUGAGGAUGACGCAGCUCUGUACCGACACCUGGUGGCGAUCCUGCGUCUCUGCCUGCUGAAGAAGUGUCUGCUUCCGGACGACACUGAUGAACUGCAGGGUCACACAGUCAACCUGUUGUCAGCGCUGCCUCUCCAGUGUCUCAAUGUGCUGCUGAUGGUGCCUCUGCAGCCCAACUCGAAGCAGUGCCAGGGGGUCAACAUGGACUGCGUCCACACCCUGAUGCUGUUCAUGGAGAGACGCCUGGAGGUGGGGGAUAAGAUGAAAGAGAAGCUGACACCAGUCCUCAAUCUGCUGACAGAGAGCUGCAGAGGCCACAGAGAAACACGCCAUUACAUCAGGAAACAUAUCCUGCCUCCUCUGAGAGACGCAUCACACAAGCCAGAGGAAGGCUCCACGGUGAAGAGUCGUCUGAUCCGUCUCAUGACUCACAUGGAUACAGACCUCAAACACUGCGCUGCUGACCUCAUCUUCGUCCUCUGCAAGGAAAAUGUGAGCCGCUUUGUCAAGUACACAGGCUAUGGUAACGCAGCGGGCCUGCUGGCCACCAGGGGUCUGCUGGGCGGCCAGGGCUCCAGGAUCGUCAGCUCUGACGCCCAGUACUCCAGUGACUCCGACUCGGACACUGAGGAGUACCGGCAGGUCAGAGAUCGCAUCAACCCGGUGACGGGGCGGGUGGAGGUGGAGCAGCCGGACCCCAUGGAGGGCAUGACAGAGGAGGAGAAGGACGUGGAGGCCCAGAGGCUCUUCAUGCUCUUCAACAAGCUGUCCAGAGACAACAUUAUCCAGCCGAUGGGAGUGGAUGCAGAGGGAAGGCUAGUCCCAAUGUCAGGGAUGAGGGAAGAUUCCCUCACUGAGGAGGGGAAGUCUGGGUCAGAGGAUGACGAAGAAGCAGAGGAAGGAGAGAAGAACUGACACAUCCGACAACAGAGACCAAUCCACUUAUUCAAUUUAUUGAUAUUCUUUUGUAAAUGUCACAUUUCUAAAGUCUGACAGUGCAUAUAUACAUGUUGUAAAUUAAUGAAAAUAAAUUAAAUGUAAUGUAUUGAAAAACAUGAAUACAGAGUGUAGUUCUCACCCAGACCCAGUCAGCCAUUCUAAACUAAAUAAACUCAAGAAAGGCAAUAAAAAGCUCUUUUUUCAUUUCUUCUUCUUUGGAUUCCAACUAAUAAUAUAGAGCAGGAAUAAGGUCACACUGGUUUGAGUUGAAUUGAUAGUAGAUCCUAAUAAGGAACUGGUUUCAAUAUGGUCUAAUAUUUUAAUAAAGUCUUGAACCUGUA